AUGGCAUCAACUCAGCAAUUGCCUGCACCAGCUUCGGAAAAAGGCCAUGAUGCUGACAGCACGCAAAAAGAAGCUCACACGGCCCAGCAACCAGCGAGUACGGAAAGCGACAGCGGAACCGAGUCAGAAGAUGCCACACAAUACGUCCAGGGAUUCCGACUAGUAUGCCUCAUUGUUGGCUUAAUUCUUGCCGUCUUCUGUCUGGGACUCGAUCGGACCAUCCUCGCAACCGCCGUUCCCAAGAUCACGAACGAGUUCAAUUCCCUCGAAGACGUAGCCUGGUACGGCUCGUCAUUCGCCUUGACAACAUGCUGCUUCCAGCUCAUAUUCGGCAAGCUCUUCGCUGAGUUUAAGACUCUCUGGGUGUACCUCGCCGCGCUCGGCAUUUUCGAAGUGGGCUCGAUCGUCUGCGCAGCGGCCCCGAACUCGGUCGCCCUCAUCAUCGGCCGAGCAGUCACAGGCGUCGGCUGUGCAGGCGUCCUCGCCGGCACAUUCAUCAUCAUCGCGCAGAGCUUCCCGCUGCAGAAGCGCCCGGUGUAUACGGGUAUCAUUGGCGGCAUCGCUGGCAUCGCCGAGAUCAUUGCGCCCGCGCUCGGCGGCGCCUUCACAGAUUCUAUCGGAUGGCGGUGGUGCUUCUGGAUCAACCUGCCGCUCGGCGCGGUCACGGCUGUGGUAGUGUUCUUCGUCGUCCAAAGCCCCGAUAAGCCCAAAGCCGCGGAGUCUACCAAGUUGGUCCAGAUACUGGGGAAGAUGGAUCCUUUGGGAACCGCUCUGCUGAUGCCCUACAUGAUCUGUCUGCUACUGGCUUUGCAGUGGGGCGGGACUACGUACGCGUGGAGCAACUGGCGCAUCAUCCUUUGUUUCUGCCUGUUCGCCGUCAUGUUUCUGGCGUGGGUCUGGGUUCAACACUCUCGUGGCGACGCGGCCACGUUGCCGCUCCGCCUCAUUCGCCAGCGAUCAGUCGGUUGCGCGACCUUCUUCAUGCUCGGGCUGAAUGGAGUCAUCUUUCUCGUCGUCUACUACGUCUCGAUCUGGUUCCAGGCUGUCAAAGAUGUAUCCGCACAGCAGUCAGGAAUUGAUUUCCUGGCUUCCUCAGCCUCCAUAUCCGUCGCUUCAUUGCUUUCGGGCAUCUUGGUGACCAAGAUCGGGUACUACGUCCCGCAGAUGUUGUUGAGUACAGCCCUUGUCUCCGCUUCUGUGGGCAUGAUGUACGCCUACGACCUCGGGACAUCGACCGUGUACUGGGCCGCUUCUCUCGUCAUGUUCGGCUUCGGCUCCGGAAUGGGCAUGCAGAUGCCUCUGACGGCCGUGCAAACGGUGCUCAAGGGCACUGACAUAGCUCUCGGCACAUCCGUCCUGCUCCUUGCGCAGAGCCUCAGCGGCGCCAUAUUCCUCUCCGUCGGCCAGAACCUCUUCGCGACGAAGUUAUUGGAGGAGCUGAAGAGCAGGGCCCCCGGCGUCGAUGCUACGGUCGUGGUCAACAAUGGCGCGUCCGGCCUGAAGGCGCUGGUCACGGAGAAGUACGGGGCAGAGGCGGCCACGGCGGUGCUGCAGGCUUACAAUAUUGCGCUCAGGCAAUGUUUCUUGGUUUGUGUCAUCUUGUCCUGUCUGACUAUUCUUAGUGGGUUGGGGACCGAGUGGAAGAGUGUGAAGGGCGAUCAGCAGCAGAAGGAUGGUGCGGAUGCGGAAAGCGGAGCGGAUGAGAAGACGGGAUAA